AUGACUCCUGGUUAUGAUGAAGAAGAAAAAUUAGGGUGAGAGUGAGUUCACAACUAAGUAGUGCAGACGACAGUCUGAGGAUUAAAUUAGAUGUCUUUCAGCCACCCUCCCUUCAUCAGGCUAACUAGGCCACGCUCAUUGUUGUGAUAUUCUGAUUAAAUGCAAAGCUGUGAUUAUUGUGGAGGGCUACCAUGAAUAUGUAAGCCAGGGGGGACAAAGCCUGGAGGGCAUGAAGUGUUUUCAGCAAACACCCUGCAACCCAGACAUGCAGACAUAAAGACUUCAGCUGUCAAGAAGAUGCUGUUUCACGUGAUGGCAGUGACCUAGGCGGAGUGUGUUUGUGUGUCAGCAAGGUACAUUUGGAGAAUAGUAGCACAAAUCCACCUUAAAUCCUCUUUGGAUAUGCUUGAAGCCCCUCUUAUGAUUUAUUAUUUAAAAUCUAAUUUAAAAUCUGAUUAAUUUCACAAUGGAGAAAAAGCACGCCAGAUUAGUUUUUGGUUUCUGUUAAUUUUGGUGAUACUUUAUGUGGCACUAACAAGCACAAUGUUGAAAAUGCAUAAGCCUAAUUGUAAUUUAUAUAUAUCAUAACAUUAAAUGGUUAAAAAAAAAAUAAAGACUGUUUUAUUGUAAAUUUAUACAGUAAAAUAUCUAUAUAAUCAAAAUGACAGUAAUUUUGAACUACAGCAGAAAACAGCAAUAGUCAAACAAAACCAUCACGGGUUUUAUAAAAGAAGCUCAAAACAGGAAAGGUCGUCAGAGAUUUAAAUCAACAAAGUUCCCUUGUUUACAUUUCUGAAACAAUAACGGCCAAAUGGGGUCAAAGGUUGAACUAAAAGUGUCAAACAAGAGAUCAGCUGAUGGACAGAAAAUAACUAAGCAGCAUUUUGAAAACUUAAAGUGAAAAUAGUUGUUAAGCUUUGGUAGCAUGAGAUUUUGCAUUUUCUUAUGAUUAAUCUGAUUGUAAAGUUGAAUAUCUUUCUUCUGAGGAUAGUUUGAUUUCUCGUCUUAUAAACUAUGAAAGUCAUUUUUUCAUUGUUUUCAGAUAUUUCAUUCAAUAAUUUACCAAGAGGAAAAAUACACUGUUUCAUAUCAUAAAUGUUGAAGUAUAACAAGCAUUAAGUUAUGGGGUCUGAAAGGGAGGAGUGGACUAAGAAUCAUCUGUAGUUUUGGUUUGUUGUUUGAUAAGUAAUUCUUGCUACCAGUAAACGGAACAAAAACAUGUCUUAUAACUUUCUCUUUUUCCAGGUUGCAUUUUUGUUUUUGCGCCUCUAAGUAGCUUAUUCAGUCAAGCAUACAAUCCUGAGUGCACUUGUGGAAAAACAGCUGAAACACUGCAACACCAGACAUUCUUAUAUGAAAAUGGGUCAGAGGUCAACAUUGUAUUUUAUGAGCACAUUUACAGGCAGGUUUAAACCACCUCAAAUCCUUUUAGAAGAGCUAAUCUGGCUAGAAAUUGUUUCCUAGAUAAUGCAUUGCAUGGUGCACCUCAGGAAUAUCACAUAAAACGAAAAGCUUGACCUGCAGUGGGUCAUUAUUGCCCAGCUGUUAUGUGUUUAUCAUGAAGUUAUCCUGACAUUAAUGUAGUACCGUUCGCGAACGAUUCGUGUAAAAGAACCAAAUCUUUAAGCGAACAUACUUAACUGAAUCACUUCCCCGAGUGAUUCAUUCAUUUCUCACUACAGUUGAGCUAAAGUGAGAAACAGCAUUCAGUGCGUUUACAUGCACAGCUCAAUUGGACUAAGCUCAAAAUUAGUUUUUUUUUUUUUGCCGAGUCAGACUUGUCUCCUUGUUCACAUAUACACACAAGCUGAGAAAAUUAAACUAUUGACGUGAACCUGGCCUCCUCCCCAAAACUCUGUCAGAAGUGGCUACAACUGCUGCUGGGCAUUUUCGAGCAAGAAGAUGGAACAUCGUACAGCGUUGUUUUUGUCGUACAUGAUGUAGGCUCUACUUUUUCUGCAGAUGAGACACAUGCUACUCCUCUUCUCUAGUGUUUUUAUUCCAGGGUUACGGGGGCAUGGCUCAUGCGCACAUGCAUUGUCCGAUCAUUCUCUGGAAACGCUGUUUACAUGGUAGAGAAAGUCGAAUUCCAAUCGCAUUAUCAGGAUGUCUUACUACACUCUUAACUACACUCUCUGAAAUCAUUUUUGUAAGACAAUACUACCUUUUAUUUUAUCUUAUUUUACUAUUUUAUUUUUUUUACUGCUAAAUUGCCACCACAACAACUUGCAAACUAUAGGACGCAGCAUUUAACAAGAAGUGCAGUAAACCCGCAGCAUCCUAUCAGUGCAGCGGUUUGCGAGGGAACGGUUCCAAACGUUCAUUGAACGAAUCACUCAUUGAGCCCAAUUUACCGAGCAGACCUGACAAAUAGCAUACCAUAGGACAGUACACUUAGGUCGUGUUCACACCUAAAGGUCCGUUUCCUGAUUCGAAUCCAAGGCAAGACGAUACAUUUGUUUUGAUUGUUUAACUGGUCCUGUUUGCGUUCACAAAGGACAGACUCAAUCGCUCCAGAAAACGGAACCAGACGUCACGUGACCGCAAAUAUCGCUAUAGGUCAUUAGUUUAUGCGAGAAUACAAACCCCGCUCUGCUAAAUCAAUCAAUACAUUCCGGUGUAGACGUGCUGCAAACAACAAACGCAUAAAGACAAGACGGCGACAGGCAUUAAUGACAUAUGUGGUGCUUUUCCUGUGAUUGGUGUGGAUGACUUUCACACCAGAAAUGAACCGCUUCAGAGUUCACUUGAUAGCGGUCCGAGACCACCUCUUCAGGCGGACCAGAGUUCGCUUAUUUUGUCAGCACCAGAGUUAGAGGUCAGAGUUCGAGGUCAGCGUUCACACCGACCCAAACGAACUGCACUAAGUGGGUAAACGCUCCAGGGUUUGGUUCAACCGGACUAAACGAGGGUGGUGUAAACGUGCCCUUAAAACAUCAUGACUUAUAAACAAGUUCAUUUUUACAAACCUGUUUGCCAAAGUAACACAGCAUAACACUCAAACAAAGCUCUGAAUUGAAGUGAAUCCUAAAAAGGUUCAGCUGUGUGUCAGUUUAGGAGGUCGGAGUCGCAGGCUUCUACCGCCAAGCACUAAAUGAAUCUUUUGAACAAAUCUUUUUAGUGAACUGAUUCUAGUGAUUCAGUACAUCCAAAAGAACUGCCCUGCCCAUCACUAGCUGACAUCAAUUAUCAAAAAUCCCUGUCUAAUCAGACCACCAUCACAAAUGGCUGAAAACAGUGUGAUAAAACACUAUAAAUCAUAAUUGUUUUUGUCUUUUCUCUACACGAGUCUGUGUGCACUCUUUGUUUCUAAUUCACAUUUAGAGAGUGGGGUUAGCUGAGAGAGCUCUGAUCACUUGAACAAACACAGACAAUCUGCCAACCUUGCCCUGUUUUUCAGUCACUCCACAGACGAGGAGGUGACCCGCUGCACAUUGUAACCUCUGAUUGGUGGAAAGAAGUGUCCAUCACAGCUCGAGGUCGGCGUGAAUCCGCAUCAGCCGUACGCAAUCACAGCUACGUAAAGACGCACGCAGAUAACCGGAAAACAAAACACCAGGUAGAGAAUAGGGUAAAAGCCUGUAAAAUUGGAUGUUAUUCGAUGAGCUUCAUAGAUAUUGUUUAUUCUAAAAUUGUUGGUGAAGUUAUUAUGAAGUAAUUUAAAAUUGAAUUAUAUAGCUGUGAUGAGACAUUCAUGUGUUCUUAUAUAUGUUUGCUUUUUAACCGAGAAAUAAUUCACCAAAUUGCCGUGAGGAUGAGCUUUAUUUUGGUAGGAUUAACCGGAAGUCACACUUGUUGUUGUUGUGAGCUUGACGCUGGUCGCCGUCGUCAUCAUCUGUACGCACAGCGGCGACAGGAGCUCCUGAAUCGGCAGGGACGGGUAUCCCACCGCUUUUCUCUCCCAAUGCGAGGAAAAAACACUCACAGAGAGUAGCGAUUGUUCGGCGGCUUCCCCCCCACGAAAGCUCCCCUGGAAACUCCGAUGGAUUAGUUUGAUUCCUCUCCGGUAAGCAUGCUUUAUUUUUCCUCCUCCUGUGUUGAAUUUCAAUUGGUGCACCCGCCUUGUCCCCUAUUCUGCGCUGUGGGCUGCGAGAUGAAUUCAUCUCCGGAGAGAGAGAGGGAGAGAGAGAGGGGGCAGAGGAGAUAAAUAACACAUUGUGUCAAGCUAGGACUCACCCCAGCCUUUCUGCAGAUUUGAAGGCAGAUUCGAGCGUCCACUCUGCUCUGAAAAAGCGCUCAAACACACAUAAACGUUGGUGUUGGUCUCAUGCAUGAUGUUUUGCAGUGCUGUGAUUGUGGAGAGGGGGCUCCUCUUGUGUUGCAGCAGCAGCAGCAGCAGGGAUGGAUGCGCUGCAGAGCUGAGCUGACCACUGAGGCCAUGUACACACACGAAAAACGCCACAAAGGCCUGCAGACAGCCUCCUAUUGAUUCAUCCCCAAAUAAUUGUCAUAUGCUUAAGGCUAAUUGCAUUGCCAUCUCGUUAAAUAUCCAAUUAAAGAUGUCCUAAUCGGGUUAUCUGAUGAGUCUAGAGCUGCAGCCAUCCAUCUUGUUGGCAAACACCGGGGAUGAUAGGCUGUGGAGCGUGUGCAGCAGGGAGCUAAAGCAUCAGUUGUGCUUGUGUGCAAUAAGUUAGCCAGGUUUGCAAAUAUGAACCCAAGACCUUGAGCUCUUUUUUAACCAGACAUGUCUGACCACUGUGAACAUGGAUGAUAUGUUUAAAUGUAAAGGAAAGGGCUGCUUAUGGUUCAUGGACCAUGUUUAUGUCCAUGGCCUCCAUGUGUGUACAGCUGAUCAGAAAAAUGUCAUAUAAGACUCUGCUUCAGGUGAAUUCAAUGUAAAUCAACAUGUUGAGCACUGUAAAAAGAUAUUUGAUUAUGAGGUUUUACCAGAUGCCAAACAGACCAUACAUUAAUGAGCAAUUAUUUUGAGAAAGGAUUAUAAUUGAAUGAACUUUUUAGACAAAUUAUUGUAAAAUAUUCAAGGUUAUGGUGUAUUGAUUGGACAAAAAUCAAAAAGAUUGGUAUUUUUAUUAGUAUUUUAAGAAAUAUAACAUAAUUAAGGAUGAGACAAUAAUAGAGGAAUGUAUACGCAAUAAAAACAUGGUAAAACGGUCAAAACAAGAAGGUUUUACACAAUUGUUGAUUAUAUUGAUCUUAAAUCUCACAGAAAUUGACUGGUAUUGGGAUACACUAUCAUUGAUAUAUGAAUGACAACGAGUCAACAUGUGGCUGCCUUAUGAAAGCAGCUUGUUUCAUGAGCACAUCUGUGUAUAGAAACAACACAGACUUAAUGAUUACUCCAGAGAUGAUCAGGUUAUUUGUUUCCUUUAUGGUUAAAAUGAUUUCAAAGUUGACAUUUUUAAACUGUUUUUUGUGUGGCAGACAGUCCGAAACAUGAUGGUGAUUAGAUUAUAAUAACAUGAAAUGAAGAACAGUAGCUAGUUUUAGACUGGGGAGAUCUGCUGUAAAGAAAUUCGGGGCUUUGUUGCUUUAAAUGUACAGAACUUGUACUCUCUGUGGGCUGGUUACUCAGAUCUACCAGAAAACUUCCAACCUCCAACACAACGGACCCACCACAUCAUUAUUUCCAGCGCAUUCUUACAUUUUACAUUACCCUCCACUGGCACCACAUUUGGAAAGAGCCUUUUAAACCCCGAGUGCAGACUUACAGGCAGAAGAGGAGAAAGUUCACGUUUUUGUUACUUCCCAUUUUCUCCAGUUUGUAAAAGAAAAUACACUCAUCUACUCAUGCCAAAUCUCAUAGACUAAAUGGACAUUAUCACAACAGGGUGAGUGAUUUGACAACAUGACUCAACACCCUCCGCUGUGAACAUUGUGACACCAAAGCACAGUUAGGCUUAAACCCACACGUAAGUACUGCAUGAAGCUCAGCUGUGGGUUUGAAAUAAUGAGCUCAUUCAGAAAGUGAAGAAUGCUUUGAAAGCUUUAACACUGCGUUUCAUUGUGCUGAUAAUCUUGUAGCAGAGUGUAAUGUGCCCAUUGUGUUGUUGUUGAUACACUGAAUGAACUCAGUUGUCCGACACAAGCAAAUAUUGUAACUAUCCAGAGAAUGGCAGCCAUAAGGAGGAGAUUGUCAGACUUGUUCCAAAUCCAGUCAACACAAGAGCAAGAUUCAUACGUAUUGAAAUCUGCACACAACCGCAGAUGAUGAUCUUUUAUGUCAUGACGUGUGUGUGUCUGUGUGAAUGAACAGAAAGUUUUAUUUUCCAGUUAAAAAGGUCGUCGCCGGAGAGACUUCAGUGGGAGGGGUGUGGGAGGUUUGACCUUGUUUUGUGCCGUGUCAUUGAUCUGAGUGUAGAGAGAGACCUCACACUUCACAACAGGACAGAUCUGACCUGUUAAAGACUGCAGUGAUUUUCUGAAUGAUUCUUGUUCAAGGGUGAUGUUUAAAUCAUCAGGAUUUACCAAAGACAGUCCUCGCUUUAUUCUUGAAUGUCAUCUUCUGAAUUUUCAGCUAACAAACAUCUUUUAUAGACAUUACGGUACUGGUAUCAUAAGACAUAAAUAUCUUUUAACUUAAUCUUAGAAGUUUGCUGAUCUUCCCCUGCAAAUGUCUAACCCCCAAUUUCCACAGCAUCCGGAAUGGCUACGAAAAGGCCGUAUCUGCGGAUAGUAGCUGAUCGUAACCAUUCAAGUUAAUGUGUCAAUAUCCACCAGCUUGUUUCCGUUCCGCUGCGGAUCACCGAACUCUGCAGCUGAUCGCAAGGGAGCAUGUUGGAUAAAUUCAGCACAGAUUAACCUGUGCUGGAAGGAAGUCGGGCACAGACACAAAAUAAAACAUCCGGCUUCUUUUCUAAAUGAAACACGCCAUGUUAUUUCACACCAUGCAAACAGGCGGGGACAAACAAGUGAAAGGUUUAUAGACAACAUUUCACCCCGAUGACACCAUGGAUGAGAAGAUUUUAAAUGUCUAGAAGUAGAUUUCCUCCUGUGGAAGGACACAAUCUACUGCUUAUACGGUUAUGUGUCUGUCUUUAUAGAGACAACUUGUUAUCGCGCUAUUGCACGUGAAUCCGCCGGUUCUUGUGAGCGUCCGUAAUCCGCCACAAAAUCCGCCUCACAAACGGAGCCGGUAGGAAUUGGCGGAUGGCCGUUCCAGAUCAGAGCCGAUCCAGAUGCGGUGGAAAUUCUGAGUUAGAUGUGUUUUUUUUUUUUUGUCCAAAUCUCAUCCUGCUUUCUUUGAACUGUCGGUAUUGUUUCUACAAAAAGGGAGUUUCUUCACAGUGGCCUCAUCUGACACCUUGCAGUGGCUGCAGGGCUCAAAAGUUACACAGCAGAAGUUAUAAAUCUUUUUGCUAAUGGCCUUGUUUGCUUCAUCGGGCAUAGAAAAGCCUCUCUGUUUUAUUUCAGUAAGUUUCAUAACCGGUUGAAAAAUCCUUAGUGGAGCUUUAAUCGAUUAACCCUGAAAACAGCGUGCGACUAUCAAAGGUUUUCCUCAUCAAUGGCAUCAUUUACUGACUGAAAUGCCAAAAAAUGUCUCCAGAGUCUUUUUUUCCCAGUAAACCAAAGAUCCAAAAACCAAAGAAUGAUAAUUUCACAUUAAUUUGAAACAGUAAGAGGAAACAAACUGUCUGAUUGGAGAAGCAGGGAUCAGGAAAUGGCGGUCAUUAAUAGCUGUCAAUCAACUCAUCAGUCAAUGAAAUGUGUCACCUCUCACCUCCAUUGUGAAUCCAAACUGGUGCUCUUAACAAAUGAUCUUUUUAUAGUGCACAUCUGUGAGGUUCCCAGGCCGGGCUUACUGUCGCAGGUUUAAUCCAUCAGUCCUGCUGUGUGACCCUGACAUGUCUGUCCUUUUAAUUUACUGUAUUGAUCGAGCAGCUUUACUGUAAACAGCUGAGGGUCUCAUUAUGGCUCCCAGCUCUCUACGUUACUGCAGAUGAUUAACACUUUUUGCCUGUUAAGCUCCAAAACAAAAGCCACCAUUUCAGGAAAUUAAUUUUUUAUUCGAGCCCGACUCUGACCCAGUCCUGCUACUUUGUGUUUGGAUGUAUUUCUUCAUUUCCUCACAGCAGGGUUAACGAAUACAGUCGAACAGAUGUGACCAGACUUUAAAGUCAGAUCUCAGACUGCAACUCAAGCCAAUCAGGAUGCGGGGCUUUAAUGUCAAACCCUUGACUCUGACUCUCUAUCUGUGGUUUUCUGUAAAAGUCCCCUCUUUUUUGUUAUUAACUCCUACAACACGACACAUAGCAACAAUUCCCUCCCCAUCGGACCGCUAUUAUCACGCCAGCGUGGUCCUCUCGGAGGCAAGCUGUUCAUCUGGGCCUGAAAAUAGCGUGAUGAGCGUUCUCGCAGGCUGAGGUGGUCAUGCGAUACCCAGGCGGUGCCACGAAAAGAGAAAGCCCAGCAGCUACGAUGCCAUCAUCUGUUUUUUUUGAAGGAAGGGGGUGGAAGUUGAGCUUCAGGUCGAGAACGGAGCAGUCUAGUUAUUGUCUGUGUCCCAGAAAUACAAGCAGAAAUCAUUAUGUCGCAGCGCUUUGUCUUGACAUUUUGAUGUGAUCCAUCGUGUUGAUUCAUGCGUGUAAUUGAAUGACAGAGAGGAGUCAUCCCUUGGAUCUGAGAGCAUGUGAUGAACACCCUUAUUAUAUUAUUGAGACUGGAAAUGUGAUAAAUCGGCCUGUUGCAGACAAACGCACUUCAACCAAAGUUAAUCAAUCAAAAUAAGCUUCUCAUUCAGUGAAUUUAACUAUAACAAAGUUCACACAAACGCGCUUCUCAUGCAAAUAUUUACCGAGCUCACACUGCCAAAUAAAAAAAGCCAAACCACAAAGGGAACAUAUGUAUAUAAACAAAGCACGAUGGCCUAGUUUGUGCUUGCAGACAUGCUAAAGCUGUGGUAGUCCCUGGCCUUUUUCCUCUUCAAGGGAAGGACAGCUUUUUUAUAAUCCCCCCACAGGCAGGCAGCACGACGACGUGAGAUCUCCCCUCAUUUACUGUGAUCCCUCCAGGAGAGGAAGCUAUUUCAAUCACUGCAGUUCAAGAGCAAAUCCUGCAGAAAACACACUUCACCUGUGUUAACUGAACCAGUCAGCACAGUUAAUAUUUGCAGCUCAAUCUGGUGAGGAUUUUAACAUGCAGCACAGGCAGUUUUCAUUGAAGUAGAGAGACUACUCUGCAUGGGUAAUGUGUCGUUUUACUUGCCUUGGUAAUGCAGACUUUGUUUAUUUGCUGCCAGCUUUUGAAGCAUUGUCUUUAAUCUGGUUAUUGUAGAUUUUUAGCUUAUAAAAAGUCAGAAAAUUCUGUAAAUCCUUCUUACUGUGUGGAGUAACAUCUUUAAACUGCUUUGCUUUGUCCAGAAACCCGAAUAAAACACGAUUUUAUGAAGUGACAGUGAUUGUUCAAGGAUUUCUCAUUUUGCUAAGGCUUGUGCAUUUUCCCUUAAAUGGAGACUCUCAGCUUGAAGGUUGUGGUGUUUCGUCCUUCAGUAUACCUGGGCUCUUCUGGAAAAGGAGUCCUGUAAAUACCAAGAGAUAAGAAAUGUAGAUGUUAAUGUCAAGGAGGAUUAUGUUUUUAUACCCAGUAUAGCUGGAGAGGCUGCAGCCUCCCUCCUUCCUCUCCUUGUAUUUCAGUCUGUGGUUUCAGCCUCAGUCUGGACUUGUAUUGCGAAGCUACCGCUGGGCUCGCUCCUUUCAGGGUAUUUAAUUGGGUUUUAUUGGCAGUAUUAAAUCACAAUGAUUUUCUCCUCUCUGCAGUGGCUUUGGGUUUUUUUUAAAGAGAAAAUAUAGGACCAGGGAGAUGGAAAUGCAGCUGAAGGAUGUGAAUUCCAGAUUUGGUCUCAUGAAUCUGUUUGUGGAGAAGCGGACUCUUGUCUGAAUAACACAGACAGUUGUCAGUAGAGUUUGCUGAUAAUGAGGGUUGUCAAAUGUGUAAAAUACAGCAUAUAAGAAGUGAAAAGUGCUGCUAAUCAUUGAUAUUUUACAUGAUGCUUGUUCUUUGCAUAUGAAGCUCUGAGAUUGGAAUCAUUUUGAUCUUGUGCACACUGGAUUAUUAUCCUGUUUGCACAAGAUAAAAACACUUCAAACACUGAUACAACUACAAACAGUCUUUAAUUUUUCCCACAGCCUGUUGCUGUACUCUCAGUGUGCAGCAAGUGACACAUCUGUUUGCACUUUUUUUUUCUACCAAAGGCACUGAGGUUUCUGGCUAGUAAAUGUAAAACAGGGCCUGAAAGAAUUCGGUCAUAUACUCUGCAGCUUUCCUUGUAACCAUCUAGCUCGGGGAGUCCUCCGGCACUUUGCUUUGAGACCAGCUGAGUUGGAUCUGCAAGAAGUUUUCUGAAAAGAUGCCACAGCUUGUUUGCUAUAAAUUUAAUAGUCUUCUUCGGACAGUCAAAGCUGCUGUAGCUGGUCUUGACAUCUUGCUAUGUCCUGAGUUGUACAACUUUUUGUCCAGAACUGAAAAAAACUGAAGAUAAUACCAAUAUAUUAUAUAAAAUGGAUAAAAACAAAACCAGUUUAACAUUUCAGAGGUUGAGAAGAGUGAUUUUUAACUCACAAUUUAAUUUUUAACUCACUGAUUAUUAUUUCAUGACGAUCAUGUCUUUUAACGUCAAAUGAAGCUUGAGGAUAAAAGAAGCAGCACCUGAUUUAGCUCGGGUCAGAAGUAGUCUUAUAGUUCCCCUCUUCUUCCAUCUGCUGUAGCUCUGGGGUUUGCCCCCGGCACCACCUCCAUCCAUCCUCAGCGACUGAAAACAAGUGUGUUUCCAAUUAGCCGUCUCUGAAGUCAGCUGGCUGCUAAUGCUGAUGAAAGACUGUCGGUGCGGACAGCGGCCUCUGGGUAGUCCUGUUGAACUGGCUUACAGGGGAGCGCAGUCGGCCCCAGUCUGUUUCGGUAUAACUGCGUCUUUUUUUAGAGGGUUAGACUUUUUUAAAUUGGAAAAGCAGAUUGCCACAGCAGCACAGAAGCCGGUUCAGCUUUGCUUUAGUGAGGCUAGAUGCUCCAUCAGCCCCCCCUUCAUGAGAUCAGAGUCGAGCCAGAGAGAGGUUUGCUGUUAAGGCUGUCUCACAGAGCCGUAAAUCUACUUCUGGGUGUGUGACUCCUUGUAAAGAAAACAAAAAUAAAGGACAUGCCAGCUCGUAAAUGCAGUGGCUGGGUGUAAAUUCUUCUCACAAAUGUGGUCGAGCAAUAAGACGGGAGAGUGAAGCAGGAGAGUGGUGCUGUUGUUACUUUAUGUUGAGCUAAGCUGGAUUUUCUUUGCAUUAAGAAUCAUCAGUACCGGCGUGUAUUUACAUGAUGAUAGCUGUAGCAGGAUACUGCAGCUCCCUCUCUCUCUUUGCUCUGUAUAAUUAGUAAUGCAGUCUAAAGUAUCAUGUUUAAUUUCAGCCUAAUUGAAAGAUAUUUCACACAGCUCUGAGCAAUUCUCAGAGGAAACUCUGAAAUAAUGGAAUAUUGAAUCUUAAUUUCCCCAAUGGAGCCAGCUGUUCAGCUAUUAUUUUACCUAUGUGCUAAUUUCACCGGCUUUUUCUUUCCCCCCACAGAGAGUAG